AUGUGCUUGAGUGUGGCUGGGACUGUACACAGGGGGCAGGAUGGGUCCUUUCCAAACCAAAGCUGCAGAUUUAUUGGGGAAGCGACCCUGCUUAGCCAGCGCUACGGCUCUGGCAUGCCUGUCGACACACCUCCUCCACCACCAUUUUUCGACGUUCGGAGAACCAUGAGCAGCUCUGACCGGGCCAUGCUCAACGCCUUCAAUGAGAUCAGCACCAUGGCGGAUCGCAUCCACCUGCCGAGGAUCAUCGUAGACAGAACAAACAACUUAUUUAAGCAGGUUUAUGAACAGAAGAGCCUGAAGGGCCGAGCCAAUGAUGCCAUUGCGUCAGCCUGUCUCUACAUCGCCUGCAGACAAGAGGGUGUGCCGCGAACCUUUAAAGAGAUCUGCGCUGUGUCCGGGAUCUCAAAGAAAGAGAUCGGUAGGUGCUCCAAGCUGAUUCUGAAAGCACUGGAGAUCAGCGUAGACCUCCUCACCCCCGGGGACUUAAUGCCCCGCUUCUGCUCCAACCUCGGCUUACCCAAACAGGUGCAAAUGGCAGCCACCUUCAUCGCCAGGAAGGCUGUGAAGCUCAACUUGGUGCCUGGCAGGAGCCCCAUCUCUGUAGCUGCAGCUGCCAUCUACAUGGCUUCCAACGCUUCUGCAAAGAAGAAGACCCAGAAAGAAAUCGGAGACAUCGCCGGUGUUGCAAAUGUGACGAUCAGAAAGUCAUAUCGACUCAUCUACCCACAUGCUGCAGAGCUUUUCCCCCCAGAUUUAAAUUUUGAUACACCUGUUGAUAAACUGCCCCAACUGUGA